CGGCAAGACACGCUGGGUGUCCGGGGUGAUUUGAUCUCGCGGCCUCAGACAAGGUCGGUUCUUGGUUUCUUUGAUGUUGACUCCGGUCGCUGUUUUCGUCAGACUGGUCCCUCUGUCAUAGAGGCUUGUGGUGGAGCAGCCCUCUUUUUUCUGCUUCUCGAGAGGGCCAUGUCGCGGAAGACAGGCGUGCUGACACGCAGCGUGAUUUCAUUGCUUUGUCUGUCGGGUCUUGUCACAGGGGCACACGGGGAGGGAGACGUCAGAUACAGGGCGAGUUUCGAUCAGGAAUACCAGCCUGGCGUUGUCGACAUCGGCCUAGCGACCAACGAGAGCAUGCUGCCAGAUGCCUUCUCGCCCUGGUCAUACAAGCCAGCGUGCACGGCCAAGCUCAGCCUGAUCGGGAGCGAACUGUGCGUGUACACAGACCGAUACUUCAGCAACGGCAGAGGCAUCUCGAUAUUUACCACGCCGGAAAUCGCAGGAGAAUUUGCCGCCGUUCUGGCCUCCUUACAAGACCCACCUUUGUUAGAUACGCUAGGUAUCAACGGUUUCUCAGGCGCAUGGUAUACUCAUCCAGUCCCCGGCAAGGGGAUCGGCAUGCUCGCCAAACACGACCUUCGCCGUGGCGACACAAUCACGGCGUAUACUCCCGUCCUACUCGCGUACAAGGAAGCCAUCCUCCCGAAGGACCAGCGCGAGACGUUUCUCCAGCUGGCAAUCGCCCAGCUACCCGCCCCGUCGCGCGAGGCGUACCUGAAGCUGGCCACCAUCUCGGACGACCCGGGCAUCCUGGCGCAGGACAUCGCCGGCGCGAACUCGUUUGAGAUGCGACUCGGCAAGGGGAAGGCAGAUGCUCCCAGCUCGGAGGCGGCGGCUGCCCACCUGGCCAUCAUCCCCGAGGCGUCGCGGAUGAACCACGACUGCGCGCCCAACGCCAUCUUCCACACCAACGCCUCGACACUGGCCCACGUCGUACGCGCGACGCGCCCCAUCCGCAAGGACGAGGAAAUCACCAUCGCGUACACCAACCCGCUCGAGCCUCGCGCCGUGCGGCAGAAAUACCUAUCCGACGCCUUCCAUUUCACAUGCGCCUGCUCGCGGUGCCUCAGGGGCGGCAGAGACACCGGUGCCACCGCAGACGCAGACGCAGACGCCGACACAGUCCUGUCCGAGAUCGCCGCCCUCCAAGACGCGCUGGCAAGGGGGUGGUCCGACCCCGCCUCCGCCGCGGGGGUCACGCACGCCGAGCGCCUCGUCCGGCUGCUCCGCGCCGAGGGCCUGGACGGCUACCUCGACCCGGCGUACUGCUACGCGGCGCUGGUGUACAGCGCCGCCGGCAGCGGGCGGGGCGCGCGCAAGUACCUCGCGCUGGCGGUCGAGGCGAUCGAGCUCCGGCUGGGCGAGGGCGCGCCCGACCUGCCGGCCUGGAGGGCCAUGUUGGACGAUCCGGCCCGGCAUUGGAGCUGGAUGGUCCGGAAGAAGAGAAAGGCGAGGGACGGACGGGGACGGGAAGGGUGA